AUGCCACCGGCAAUGCCCGGGGCUUUUGCGCCGCCGUUACCUCUCAUUGGACAGCAAAGGUAUCCAGUGGCAUCCGCUUUGCAACAUCCCUGUGCUCAACAGCAGCAGUUGCCGUUUUUCGAUUCGAGAAUUCCGCCACCAACAGUUACGUCUGGAUAUGUGGGACAGAAUUCAUCAGGAGUGCCGCCGAACUCCAACGAUCCUGCGAGAAAUAAUCCAGUACCGUACGGGUAA